AUGUACUUCUGCCAACUCGUCUUGGUGGUUGGUGCAGGACUACUAGCUCGAUCCAUGGUCGCUGUUGUCGGAGGAGAAUCACUUAGUGCAUGGCCGACUCCCGCCAUAGGACUGAUGACUGCCGCUCUCUGUCCCAUUGCUUCCCAGAUGGCAGAUUAUUGGGGGAGAAAGUGGUUCCUUGUGAUCCUUACUGGGUUCGGCGGCAUCGGUUCCAUCAUCGUCUCAAGGGCAACGUCUUUCGGCAUGGCUUUAGCAGGCUUCGCAAUCGGCGGCCUCUCGUGUGUCACUCAACCACUUCUUCAUGCUGUUGUCUCCGAAGUCCUGCCACGUAAGUUCCGGUCAUGGGCCCAAGCCGCUGCCAACAUCGCGGCCGGUCUAGGUGCUAUUUACGCACUCCUCGUCGGAGGUGCCCUCACAGCGAACAAUCCUCAGCACUUUAGGAUCUAUUUCUAUACCGCGGCUGGUCUUUACUUGGCCGUCUCUGCUGCUUGCGUCCUAUUAUACAACCCGCCUUCUAGAGAAGCUCAGACCAUCAGCCUUAGCGAGAAGUUACAGUCGCUUGAUUGGAUAGGGUAUAUUAUGGGAGCAGCCGGUGUCUCUCUGCUUUGCAUCGGUCUCUCGUGGGCUGAGAACCCAUAUCCGUGGCGGGAUCCCCACGUACUGGCGACCUUUCUUCUCGGCGUCGUCAUUCUCAUGGCCCUUGUGGUAUAUGAGGUGAAGUUCAAAAAGGAUGGUCUGUUCCACCACAGCUUGUUCCGCCAUCGCAACUUCCCCAUCACGUUGCUCUGCUGCUACAUUGAAGGAUCUGGCGCAUUCGCAGCAAAUUACUUCGUGCCGCUCCAACUCAGCACCAUGUAUCCUCAGAUGGACUCUUUCCGGGUGGGUCUCUGCUAUGCAAUCUCGUGGAUAGCCUUUUUGGCUGCCGCGCUCCUGGUCGGCCAGUUCAUUUACAAGACAAAAUCCGUUCGAAUUCCAGCUAUGACUGGGUUUUUAUUGUUCUUGCUAUUUUAUAUUUUGGCCGCGACUUCGAAACCAUCAACUCCUGAGAGUCUUUUUUGGGGCUCCAUGAUUCCCUUGGGAGCUGGGCUGGGUCUACUUCUCAUCUCACUCGUCACUGCGGCACAGUUCGCCACUCCACCGGAGCUCAUUGCAAUCACGUCUGGGCUGAUACUUUCAAUUCGGAGUUUAGGAGCAUCAUCAGGGUUGGUUAUCUACCAAGCCGUUUUCAACGCUGGCCUUUCGAAGAACCUGACAUCGAAGAUCGCUUCUGCGACUCUACCUUUGGGACUGCCUGAGGCAUCUUUGGGCGCGCUGACCCUUGCACUGACAUCAGGAAACACCGCUGCUGCUACAGAAGUCCCAGGAGUGACUGCUGAGAUCAUCGCCGCUGCAGCACUGGCAUUGCAAAAAGCAUACAAUAUUGCUUUAAGCUACGUCUGGGCCACUGCUGCUGCGCUUGCAUUCGUCGCUUUGGUUGCCGCAGCAUUCUUACGCGAUCCAAAUGACGAAUUCACUGCCGCGAUUGAUGCACCUCUCGACAUUGUCGUUGUCGUUGCGGAUAGUGAGCUGGAAGCAGAAGACAAGGUUGUUGCACAACAGAUGGACUUGUCCCUUGACGGAGACGGGUUUUAG